AUGGCGUCUAAACAGCACAUAUCAUUCGCGUCCAUUUGGGCGUUCGAGGACAUAGGGGUGCAAGAUAUUGGUAUUGAAAUGAAGUUCGUCCUCAACAUCCCCAAUGACAAUUCCGCCGGUACUGAUGGCUGCCAUAGGAAAGCACUACCUCACCUGGAUUGCCAUUGCGAGUACCUCAGACAUGACGAUCUUCUUGUGGUGAAAGGACAUUUGAACGGCUCUGCAGCGAAGAUCGCGGGUCUUGUGUCAACCUUUAUUGAAGACCAGAAGAAUAAAGAUCUUCUUGAUAUGCCACGAACUCGUCAACUGGACAUUCCUAUCAUGUUUCAAGACGAUGGAGCUUCUCUUCCCGUCGCUACUACCGAAGAUAGCCUAGGGGGUCUCCUGGCCCUUGACAUUGAUUCGGAUGAGGAGUUGAUACAUCAUUCUCAUUUAAUGACUCGCGUCACGAAAUUUUGGCUGUCAUCGCAUGGGGGCAUUGGGUGCUUUGCGACCGGUUUUCGUGAAGUCCUCAUUGAGGUUGCAGCCGUGACGGGGACGGAGACCACAUUGGUUGAUGAGGUUAAAGGCAUCCAGAUAUCUGGGAAUAGCGCUGGAGAUGUUGACGACGCUUUGGCGAAACUCACUCGGAUUGAGAAACCUUUGUCUUGCCUUGUCAACCACAGGGUGGGUAACAUGGGUAUAGCCACAGAAGACAAGACAGCCCAAUAUAGAAUCCAGAAUUACGGCAGUCUGAACCAAGUGGCUCUUCGCCGUGUUCUAACCGACCCCUCAACGAGUUCGAAUCUCGGUAUCAGCCAGAUGUUUGUCACUACCUCUCUUUCAUUCGAUGGAAAAUAUCAGAGUUACAUGCUGCCUAAGAAUGUUGCCAAUCCACAGUCAAUUAACAAAGAACCGGGAAAGUCUAUAAUAUGGCAAAACUAUACUUUCCCCGAGGUUGGCAAAGGGGAUGAGUUUGUUCUAUUGGAAUCUGUUGAAGAUACAGUUAUCCCGGCUGCAACCUCAGUGAUCCCACCCACCCAUCCUUUUCUGACUGCCGAAAAGGCUAAACAAGUCAAUGAAUGGGUCGCUGAGGGUAAGGGAAUGAAGGCAACCAGCGAACAGCCUGAGCACCCACCUACACCACCACCACCCGAGUCUUCAAGCAAUACAACAUUGGUCCCAGGUGCUAAGAGAGUUCCCGCUAUCAAAACAAGACGGCCUAUUCCAUCAGCUAUUCGAUCCAGCCAGCCAGUUCCAUCCGUGGUGCCAGUGACGAAACCUGAACGUGUCAAGACCCCUGAUCUUGUACUCAAGAAUGAAGAUGUUCCCACGCCCCGCAGAAAAUGGAAAAUGACAUAUAGUGUGGAAUCGGGGAAUACAGACGUACGUGUCAGCUGCCCUAGACCCACUAGCCCUUGUGAGCUGCGAGAUGCCGCUGAUUCCUUCGUUAAUGCUUCGACACCUGCUGCACCGAAACCAUGCAUCCCCCUGAUCUUUGACGAAACGAAGCAUGAGCUCAAUAAGGAUCCACGUCUUCCAGUCAAUAAAAAUAAUGAUCGAACUGCUCUCCAAGCUCAAAGAAAAGGCGAGUAUGUAUUCUCUCGGACGAACAAAAAGCUCGACACGAACAAUUUGCUUGUUGAUGUGGCCGCACCGGCAGCUAUAAAAACGAAUUAUCUUCCGAUGAUGCGCGCAGAUCAGCCAGCUCUGAUACCACUGAUCUCAAGUCUAGACUCGGAAUACUCGACUCUGAAAAGCAAUGCCUCCUCACGAGUAAACAACAUCGCCGACGACUUGAAUGGCUUAGUGAUCGAAGCGGAUUAUGGAUCUCAAGACGAAGCUGGUUGCCCUGUAUUACAUGGGGGAGCAAAACCGGGCAGAAAUGGCAAUCUUUCAGAGCAGGUCAAAAGGCUCGUCAUACUGGAAGAGGUUUUCCUAGAGCAGAUGAGAGAGUCAAUCACAAUUAGUGAAGUCCCCGCACGCGUUGUCAAUUCUCCAAGUCCCCCCAGUCGAAUCAAUGCGAUCCUGGCCAGAAGGCGACUUGAAGAGCUCGAGAGACGACAUAAAGCGGAAGGAAAACAACAAAGCGAUGAGGUGGCUACCAGGGAGUAUCAUCAUACCAUGAAACAUAAAGCGCCCAAGCCAAGUCACAAUGUCUCGAGCAAAUCUUUGAGAAAAGCGAAGAGGCAAGCCACUCUGGAGGAUGCCUGGGGAAUACCAAAAAAGCCGACAAAGAAACAGGUUUCAGACAACCCAGCUCCUUCUGGAAUUAUGGAGGCUAAAGGCACGUCCGCCCGACACACGACGCAGGAAAAUGUGCAACAUGCCCAGAAACAGCAAGGAGAGUUGAGCAUGAAUGAAAGUAUCAAACAGCUCUUUGAGAUCCUAAAACCCACAUUGGAAGCUGCCGAAUAUUUCCCUGGAACUUUGACUUUGGAGGCUCAGAUUGGUCUCGCAUUGAUUCCAGUUCUGCCGAAAACCUACAAGGAGGGUCUGGUUUCCUUGAGAGAGUGGACAGAGAUAAUGCAACCACGGACUGGCGUAUCUGCACCAACUACCAAGUUCAUUGAUAGGCUCACAACAUCGGGAUCUGACGUUGACCAUAUUGUGGACUUGAAAACAUCACAAGAUGGGAAGCGCCGUUUCUUCGAACAUGAAGACAGCGAGUAUAGUGUUUUCUAUGAGUUCCAUUGUCGCUCUAAAACAGAUCAACCUAUAAUCGUCGAAGUCGAUGAACGCGGAAAGUAUUCCGUCAAGAAGCAAACCGAAGCGCUAGGUGCAGUCAAUAUUCACUUUCCUGGUAGUAUCUGGGAUGCUCGGAUGAUUGUCCAUGGCAAUGUCGCAUAUCCUAUCCAUGGAUACCAGGAAUUUGAAGACGCAGCCCGAUAUAUGGUGGACCAUCUCUGGGUUCCGCCCGAUAAACACCUCGUCCGUCUUUUCACUAAACUCCCCAAAGACAAACAUCUGACCGUUGAAAAAAUCCUUAUGAAGCGCUGGACCCGCUAUCGGUAUAUUCGUUCAAACGAUUUCUCCCUUGAAGGCACCGACACCCCCAACACUUCAUCAUCGACCGGGGGAAAAGCAGAUUCUGCUACUGGUUCUGUGGGAUCCAAGAGUGCUGCAAAGGACACGAAUUGUGAAGGCAAUAGUGAAACCCCCGAAGCACAAGAUCUUCUAUUGCAAGUCACAGAAGUGCAGAAUCUAUUAAUAGCGUCUAACCCCGCGGACCCUCAAGCAAUAAGAGCCCGUAGCGCUCCACUGUCGGAGAUGAUACGCAAGGGAGGGCAGUGGUAUGAAGUUUCGCUUGUUAGCUCUGCCAUUGAUGCUAUAUUGAAGACUAAUGCGAAUAUCGAAGUCGGAGAGCGCACGGACGAUUGGCGUAGCCUUGAUCUAUUUGGAAACGACGCUAUUUUACUGCACAACAGCAUAUCUGACUGUCCAAAUCCAGCAUUGCCAUCCAGGCCGGUCGCUACCGCUGUGGGGACCGCAGGUAUUGGUGAUCUCCUCCGCCUAACGAAAGCGGUAGUUCAGAAUAUGGACGGCGUUGGAUUUUGGAACUGUGGACCUUGUGUUGAUGCUGCCCGGAUGCCAGUGGCCGGUUCUCUGAACACCCCAAGUAUCCCCAACGAUAUUAUCACAUCGCCCAUAGGCGCGAUGAUAAAGACGGAAGAGAAGAGCUUGGACUUCGACAAGCUGGAGAGUAUCAAAGAAGUGGGAAGUAGCAUUGGUGACGUCCCAGUGGCUAGCAAACCGAAUGCUGCUUUCUCUGACCAGAAGAAGGAACAAAUUGAGAUGGAGUACUGGUGA